GCCACAAGGACCUGUACAAGGAGGCCAUGAUGGAGGAGCACCAGCCUCUUAUAUCACAAGAGAAUCCAAAUAAGAAUUCUGAGGAAAACUUCAUGUUAUCAUUAAAUUAUAAUGUAGAAGAUGAAGAUAUGCUGCUCUCUACAGGAGAAAACCUCAUUAGCCUUAAUGUACAUCCAGGACUUCACAGUACAGAUCUGUCAUAUCAUGAGGAACCUUUUCCUGACCAAUCGCAGAUUACCUCAAGUAUAGGUCAGAAAGGGGGUGAAAGGUUUCAUUGUGGUAAAGAGUUCACAAAAAUCUCAGGUCUUUCUACACACAGAAGAAUUUAUACAGGAGAGAAGUCAUAUUCAUGUUCAGAAUGUGGAAAAUGUUUUAUGCAAAAAUCAAAGCUUGUUACACAUGAGAGAAUUCACACAGGAGAGAAACCGUAUUCAUGUUCAGGAUGUGGGAAAUGUUUUGCACGAAAAUCUGUUCUUUUUACACAUGCAAGAAUUCACAUAGGGGAAAAACCAUAUUCAUGUUCAGAAUGUGGGAAAUGUUUUACAGAUAAAUCAACUCUUGUUAGACAUGAGAGAAGUCACACAGGAGAGAAACCAUAUUCAUGUUCAGAAUGUGGAAAAUGUUUUGCACAAAAUUCAGAUCUUGGUAAACACAAGAGAAGUCACACAGGAGAGAAGCCAUAUUCAUGUUCAGAAUGUGAGAAAUCUUUUGUAGAUAAAUCAGGUCUUGCUAAACAUAGGAGAAGUCACACAGGAAAGAAGCCAUAUUCAUGUUCAGAAUGUGAGAAACUUUUUACACAUAAAUCAUAUCUUGUUAUACAUAAGAGAAGUCACACAGGAGAAAAGCCAUAUUCAUGUUCAGAAUGUGAGAAAUCUUUUGCAGAUAAAUCAGAUCUUGCUAAACAUAAGAGAAGUCACACAGGAGAGAAGCCAUAUUCAUGUUCAGAAUGUGAGAAAUGUUUUGCACAAAAAUCAGAUCUUGGUAAACACAAAAGAAGUCACACAGGAGAGAAGCCAUAUUUAUGUUCAGAAUGUGGGAAAUGUUUUACACAGAAAUCAUAUCUUGUUGAACAUAAGAGAAUUCACACAGGGGAGAAGCCAUUUUCAUGUUCAGAAUGUGGUAAAUGUUUUACACGGAAAGCACAUCUUGUUAAACAUGAGAGAAUUCACACAGGGGAGAAGCCAUUUUCAUGUUCAGAAUGUGGCAAAUGUUUUAAAGAGAAAGCAUAUCUUGUUAUACAUGAGAGAAUUCACACAGGGGAGAAACCAUAUUCAUGUUCAGAAUGUGGAAAAUCUUUUACAACAAAAUCAAAUCUUGUUACACAUGGGAUAAGUCACAUGGCAGAGAUGCCAUAUUCAUGUUCAGAAUGUGGGAAAUGUUUUAAAACCAAAGCAUAUCUUUUAACUCAUGAGAGAAGUCACACAAGAGAGAAACCAUAUUCAUGUUCAGAAUGUGGGACAUAUUUUACAGACAAAUCAAAUCUUCUUAGACAUAAGAGAGUUCACACAGGAGAGAAACCAUAUUCAUGUUGAAAAUGUUUUACAGAAAAAUCAAAUCUUGUUAAACAACAGAUAUGUCACACUGAAUAAAAUUAGAGAUGA